AUGAGUGCCAGAAAACUACAACAAGAGUUUGACAAGACCAACAAGAAGAUUGCCGAAGGGUUAUCGGUGUUUGAUGAUAUUUAUGAUAAGUUAAUGACUACUGAAAUAAGUAGUCAGAAGGAGAAAUUAGAGAGUGAUUUGAAGAAAGAAAUAAAGAAGUUACAAAGAUCAAGGGAUCAAUUAAAACAGUGGUUGGGAGAUGGAAGUAUUAAAUUAGAUAAAAAUUUAUUACAAGAAAAUCGUACUAAGAUUGAACAUGCCAUGGAUCAAUUUAAAGAUUUAGAAAAACUGCUGAAAAUCAAGCAAUUUUCGAAUGAAGGGUUAGAAUUACAGAAUCAAAAGAAGUUCCAUCGAUUUUCUGAUGAUCCAGCAGAUGCUAAGAAAAUUGAAGCUUAUAAUUAUAUAAGUGAUAUAAUUGAUCAAAUUAAUCAACAGAAUGAAGGAUUAGAACAAGAAAUUUCUCAAUUAAGUUCACAACUGAGAAGAUCCAAGCUGUCAAGUAUUUUGCAGCUGUCAAUUGAAGAUUGUAAAUAUAAACAAGAACGUAAUGGAAAUCAUUUGACUCAAUUAGAGAAGAUAUUAAGAAACUUUGAAAAUGGUAAAUUAGAUCCAGAAAGAAUUGAAGAUAUUAAAGAUGAUUUGGAAUAUUAUGUUGAAAAUAACCAAGAUGAAGAUUAUGUUGAAUAUGAUGAUUUUUAUGAUCAACUCGAAAUGGAUGAUGAAAAUGGCGAAUUUGAAGAAGGUCACGGAGUUUUAAUGGGUGAUUUGGAUCAAACUAAACCAGAAAGUGAUGAAGAUCAAAAGAGUACCUCUUACCCAACUGCUCCUUCACCAUCCAACGAAAACACGCCAUCACAGCCUCAACAACAACAACAACAGCAACCCCAACCUCAACCCCAACCUCAACCACAACCUCAACAACCCCAAUCGCAAAGUCAUACUCCUAUCAUAAGCAAGAAGAAGGCCGGUGUAGUGCCUGCCACCAACCCACCACCAAUCACCAAUGCCAAUUCAUAUUCUAAUGUGGUGAAGGCCGCUACUACAAAUGGGAAUACCUUACCCUCAGUGGCAGCUUCAGCCACUGCAGCCGCCACUGCAGCAACAGCACCAGCCAGUCGUAACGCAAGUGGGAAAGUACCACCGCCGGGUCUCAAUAAUAAACUGACUACAGCAUCACCACAAGCUGCAAGUAGCAAAUUAAAUUCUCAGUCACCAAUAACUUCAAAUGGAGGAGAAAGCGAAAAGAAAUUAUCAACCAAAUCACAAUCAGAAUCGCCAAUAAUGCUGAAUGAAAACAAGACGUUUUGGGAUACCAUUCCCAGAUUAUCGACUAUUCCACAACUGCGUCUUAAUAAUCCAUUACCAUUUCAAAAUAUAAGUUCUAUGCUAGAAAAUUCCUUAUUAAAUUGUCCUGAUUCCUUUGAUGCAGAAAAACCAAGACAAUAUAACCCAACCAACGUUCAUCCAAGCUCAGUUGAUUAUCCUCAAGAACCAAUGUAUGAAUUAAAUCUGAGUCAUAUAAUGAAAAAAUUCGAUAACGAUACUUUAUUUUACUGUUUCUAUUACAGUGAAGGUAUAUAUAAUUUAUCCAAAUGGAAUGCAGCCAAAGAGUUAAGUAAAAGAGGUUGGAUAUGGAAUACUGAAACAAAACAGUGGUUUGCUAAAGAUCAAAAGAAUUCUAAAUCAAGAUCAAUGUCCGUCAUACAAAAGGAAGAUACUCCUGAUGAUAAUCAUCACUCUGAUCAUCAUACCGAAGAUGAACAAGAUGAAUUAAAAGAACAAAACUAUAAAUACUUUGAUUACGAGCGUACUUGGUUAAUCAGACGUAAAGAUAACUUUGUCUUUGUACCUGAAACCAGACAAACAUUCUAA